AAUUGGGAAAGACACUACGCUUAAGGAAAACUGAAUGAUAAAACCAUGGAUAUUUUUUCACUUCCUUUUGAAAUCAAUCCUUGUUCUGGAUGUGUUUAUAUGGAGACAGGUUUAAUGCAACCAGCAGAAUGGAGGAUUUUGACUCAAAUGAAAACUCACCAAGAAUUAUUUCCAGAAAUGUAUAUGGCCAAUUGAUGAUUUAAGUAUUUUUUUCUGCUCAAGACAAUGAAUUCCUCUCUUCACCCUCUAAAUCAGAGCUCUGCGGCUGUGUCAAACCUCUCUGCUCCCUUUUGCCUGCUGGAGACUGGGUAUUCUUAUGUCUUUAACACCUGCCUCCUGGAAGUGUCCAUUAUACUCCUUCUCACUGUGCUAAUCAUCUGUGGAAAUUUGGUGGUGAUCUUUGUGUUUCACUGUGCACCUUUAUUAAACCAGCACACGACCAGUGCUUUCAUCCAGACAAUGGCCUAUGCUGAUCUCCUGGUGGGGGUCAGCUGCCUCUUUCCUUCCAUGUCCCUACUGCAACAUCUUCAAGACCUUGACCCCAAGCUCACCUGUCAAGUGUUUGGGUACCUGGUGUCAGUUCUGAAGUCCGUUUCCAUGGCGUCAUUGGCAUGUGUUAGUGUUGAUCGCUAUAUUGCUAUCACACGACCUUUAACCUAUGCAUCCUUAGUGUCACCAUGUCGCAUGCGCUGCUGCAUCAUUUUAAUAUGGCUCUACUCUGCUCUAAUCUUUUUGCCAUCGUUCUUGGGAUGGGGUAAACCAGGCUACCAUGGUGAUGUUGUAGAAUGGUGCGCAGUGGAAUGGAAGACUAGUCCAGCUUUUACCUCUUUUAUUGUAGGUCUUCUUUAUGCCCCUGCUGCGCUUACAGUUUGUUUUACCUAUGCCAACAUCUUCAAAAUCUGCCGGCAGCACACACGAGAGAUCUGUGAGCGCCAUGCUCGGUACCGGGGGCUUGCCAUUGGCUCUACAUGCAAAGACAGCUCUACAAAGCACUCUGCUCAUCUGUCCCAUGCCCUCGUCCCUCAUCAGCAUCAGCAGCCAGCAAAUUACCCUGACAGACGCUAUGCCAUGGUGCUGUUUCGCAUUACCAGUGUGUUCUAUAUCCUGUGGCUGCCAUAUAUCCUCUACUUCCUAUUGGAAAGUGCAGGAAUCUAUCACCAUCCAGCAGCAUCAUUUCUUACCACAUGGCUUGCUAUUAGCAACAGUUUCUGUAACUGUCUUAUCUAUAGCUUGUCUAAUUCAGUUUUCAGAAAAGGCCUCAAGCGCCUCUGCUCCUUAUCUUUACAGCGUAGCAUCACUGGUUUUGGAGUCCGACACACCAAAAAGACUUUUGUUGGCUCUAUUGAAAAAGGAUGUGCUGUUGCUGGGUAUGGAUAUGACCUUGGGGAAACAGGGAUAGGUGCAACAUGCCAGGUGUAAUUAUAAACUUUUACGAUACACUGAUACUCAGUCUAUAAGAUUCUGGAGCAAAAGCAAAGGAAGGAACCUGCCUAAAUGCUCAGGUCAGGUUUGGGAUGAAAGGCCAACAAACCCUGAUGGUGGUGGCUACAAGGAACCUUGAAGAUACUGUAUCUUCUCAAUAAACAUGAUUAGUUAUCUAUCACACCUACCAACGGUGAGAUACUUCCCCAGAACUGUUCAGUGUUGGGACAGUGGAUGUUAUUUAAAUAUUGUAUAUAUUUUUGGGGACCAUAAAAAACAAUAUCAAUUGAAAAUGUACAUUUACACUGUCAAGUCUAAGUCAAAAAUUGUGCUAAUUUCAUUGUUCAAAAUGUUAUUUAAAACAUUCUGAAAGAACCCAAGCACAAUCUGAUUUGGGAUUUGAACUGUGUCUAAAUGGAGAGUGUUGUCUGUAGUGACUGAGGGCAGGGUCUGUGUGCACAUGUGCAAACAAACUUGAACACAUAUAAAGCACAUGUGCACAAAGCAGACAAGACGCUCUUUUUCCCCAUAACCCCCUGUGUGCACCAGCAGCUUGACCUCUGUUUCCUGAGCAUGAUGCAUCAGUGCACUCAUCUUGGCUCCAUAUGAGGCACUUUUCUUACCAUCACUAAGACAACGGGAUCUACUCAAAUAUUACUGAAUGUCUGUUACAUUGUUGCGGCUUAUUUUAAUACUGUAAUUAGAGCCUGACCGAUAUGGAUUUUGUUGUUGCCGAUAUGAUACCGAUAUAAUGAGAGUUGGGGCUGCCAAUAUAAUCGCCGAUAUAUUUAGUGAUGGAUAAAUUCACUGUAAGUCUUGAAUUAUUAAAAAAAAAACUUAGGUUUGGCUCUGGUGGUUUUUAAACUGGGUUUAUUUAGGCAACAUUUAUUGUUAUUUUGCCUCUUUACAUGAUAUGUCAUAGGACUAAAGCAGGUCUAAAGCAGGACUAAACAAGAACUGAACCAUACUCGGUCUCUAUCUCUCUCCCUCUCUCGACCCCAAGAUUAGUCCUGGUUUAUUUAUUUUAUGCACGUUUUUUCUAUCCUAUGCACACGCAUAUUUUUGAAAGUUUCGUUUUUAGCGGCUGUCAAACUACCACGAGUCUGCACGCGGCGUGAAGAGAAAAAAAAUGAGAGAAAGAGAAAACAUGACUUCCAAUCCCAAUAAGGAUCAGGCUCCCGUCGUUCGCUUCAAAGAGCCGGCUCUAAGAGCCGCUUCGUUCGCGACCGACUCAUCACUACUAGCCUAGCUAGUAAAUAAACAAUCGCUAUUAGCCUUUAGCUGUAAAUGCUGCGUGCCGCGGUAAUUAAUUAUAAGCGCAAAUUUCAUCAUUCACACCUCUAUUCACAGCUCAUUUACAUAUCAAUGCAUGUCCACUAUCAAUAUACGGCCAAUACGGCCUUUACAAUAGGCCAAAAGAAAACAGCCUGUUUAUGUGUGAGAGCGACAGCAGCUAUUCGCUUACCUAUCAGAACGAACCAAAACUAGCUUCAAAGUCGAUGCAUUUCCAACACUCACCGCUCACACAGGCUCCUCCUCACAUCACAAGUCUACACUAAUAAAUGUCCUUUUAAUCCAGACUCAAACCGAUUGUCCGUAAAAAGAAUAUAAUCUCAGUGUUGCGCACAUGGAUCUGUCUGCGGGUGUAAACAAAUGCACGUGACUCUGGGGGUGUGUUCAGGGACAGUACGGACACACACACUGACAAAUGACUCCGCAGAUAAAUACUGACGCGGAGCCACAUAUUAGAACAUUUAUCUGUCUGUAAAUUGGAUUAAAUGAACAUAAUGUAGAGAGUCUAAACUUUAUAACGAGGUAUAACAUGCCCACGUGAAAUAUCGGCCCCUAUCAGCAAGCAUAUCGGCCGAUGCUUCCAGUUGCUCAUAUCGGCCAACCGAUAUAUCGGUCGGGCUCUAACUGUAAUAUACGUACUGUACGUGGGCUAAGAUAGACUCACCAUAUUCUGAGUCACAUGAUAUUCAGUGCAGUUUUAUUGUAAAGUAAAUGGAACAAUUAUAAAUACAGCUCAAAGUAAUUUAUGUUUUUGUUGUUGUUGUUAUUGCUGUUUUGUUUGUUUGUUGUUGUUUGUAGGAUGUGAGGUUAAAAUAUUUUGGUAACAUUGCAGGUGUUCUUGUUGUAUGGACUUUCUAUAUACACACAGUGUUAGAUUUACAUGUGAAG